GAUUUAACACUACCUUCUCCUCAUCUUUUCUCUGAUUAACCGUCGUCGAGUCCAACCUCCAAACCCCAUCUCGUCGCUUUCCAAAGUGAAAAAUAGAAGACNUAAAAAAAAAAAAAAAAAGAAGCACGAGGAAGAGAAAUCAGCAGGAACUUUGCGCCUUUCUACCUAUCCGUCCUCGGUUCACUCCGAUCAGCAGCCUAUAGGCGGCUCCACGAACUCGGCCUCGCAGUUUAAUCUUCAAAGCGGCUAGUUUCUACUAGCUACUUCGUUAAUUUCCUAAACCCAAUCCUCAAUUCCUCAGAAUUCACAAAUCUGAAUUUCCUUAUGAAAUAUUUAUUUUUGUAAUAAUGCUUCACCGAGAAGGUCCUUUAGUAUCUGUUCAGCUUCAACAUAAUGUCUUUGUGCCAAGUUUGACAAUUUUUGAUGAUUCAUGACUUAUAAACUUUGUUUUAGGGAGUCUUUUUAUUUUUUUUGCUGAAAAUUGGAGGAUAUGUGAUUAUUCAGGAUAAUUUAAUUUGAAAGAAUUACAUAACAUGCCUCCAUGAUUUCAACCGGUUAUGAGAAAAGGAAAAUGAAAGAUAGACUAGACUUUCUUAUAUGAUUAAGCAUGUAGCAUGACCGAUUGAAUGGUUUGAUAAUGUUGUAUUAAAAAGAAAUGGUUGAUAGCUAGAUUGUGGAUGUCGAAAAUGGUCGAAAAUUAGAUUCCUUUCUCACUCUCUCUCUCUCUCUCCAGCACUCACUAUCGCCGAUUGCCGAGUGAUGGCUACACCCCAAGACUCUAGCACAGCUGAUCUGGCUCGGUUUCAAGCAACAAUGCAAGCUAUCGAACUUGCAUGCGGUUCUAUUCAGAUAGACUGGGGUAGUGGAUCCCAGAAUCAUUCGUCACUGAUGUAUAUCAAUCCUGCUGCUGCGGAAGCAACCUUGUUAUCAUUAAGCCAGUCUCCUCGCCCAUACCAGGCAUGCCAAUUCAUUCUAGAAAAUUCUCAGAUGGCAAAUGCAAGAUUUCAGGCCGCUGGAGCAAUUAGAGAUGCAGCUAUACGGGAAUGGGCAUUCCUGGAGGCUCCUGAUAGGAGAGGAUUGAUAAGUUUCUGUUUGAGCUUUAUCAUGAAAAAUGCUAAUUCGCACGAGGGUUAUGUCUUGGUGAAAGUUGCUUCAGUGGCUGCUCAAUUGCUGAAAAGGGGCUGGCUAGAUUUUACUGCUGCAGAGAAGGAGGCAUUUUUCGUUGAGGUGAAAGAAGCUGCUAUUGGGAACCGUGGUCUGGACAUGCAAUUUAUCGGCAUCAAUUUUCUGGAAUCUCUGGUAUCUGAAUUUUCUCCAUCUACAUCCACUGCAAUGGGUCUUCCUAGAGAAUUCCACGAGCAGUGCCGAAUAUCCCUAGAGCAUGACUAUAUGAAGGCGUUCUAUUGUUGGGUGCAAUAUGCUGCUUUUAAUGCGUCAGACAGAAUUGUUGGAGCUGAUUCCGAAAUUCCAGAAGUUAAGGUCUGUUCAGCAGCAUUGCGUUUCAUGCUUCAAAUCCUGAACUGGGACUUCCGAGCGAAGAAUGCUGUUGACAAUUCAAAACGAGGGAUUGAUGUAUUUUCUGAUGGAAUGAAGCAGGAAAAUAACUCUCUUAGAAGGUCUGAGUGUGUCUUGGUGCAGCCUGGUCCUGCAUGGCGCGAUGUGUUGGUUUCCAGUGGUCAUGUUGGAUGGCUUUUAAACUUUUACACUACACUUAGGCAAAAGUUUUCCUUUGAAGGUUACUGGCUUGACUGCCCUCUUGCAGUUUCUGCUCGGAAACUUAUUGUACAGUUUUGCUCCUUAGCAGGACCCGUCUUUCCAUCUGACGGCGGGCACAUGCAAAGACAGCACCUGCUGCAACUGCUAGCCGUAAUUGUUCAGUGGUUGGAACCUCCUGAUGCUGUUGCAAAAGCAAUAAACGCAGGAAAAAGCGAAAGUGAAAUGCUGGAUGGCUGUCGCGCACUUAUGUCUGUUGCCACUGUGACUACCCCAUUUGUGUUUGAUGAGCUAUUGAAGAAUCUGAGGCCGUAUGGUUUGCUUACUCUUUUGUCUGCCCUGAUGUGUGAAGUUUUUAAAGACCUUAUGGAGAAUCGCACAGAAGAAGAGACAUGGAGCUGGGUGGCACGUGAUAUUUUACUAGAUACUUGGACAUCCCUGUUAGUGGUAUAUGCUGCCGAUAUUCAUGUCCCUCUUGUGCGCUUUAAUGCAAAGGAUGUUUGGUUACUUUGGCAGCAAUUGGAUGGUAAUGGACCUGAUAAUUUACUUCCACCUGAAGCCAUUAGUGCUGCAGGCAAUCUCUUUAGCCAGAUAGUAGACUCUGAAUUAAAGGCUUCUUCUGCAUCUGCCUUUAGUGAUGAGGACGAGUGUGAUGCCCUUCAGGCCUCAGUGUCUGCUAUGGAUGAGAGAUUGAGCUCUUAUGCUCUUAUUGCUCGAGCAGCUAUUGGGCACGCAAUCCCUCUUCUCACAGAACGCUUCUCAGAACUUGUGAUAAGGGUUAAUCAGGUUUCUCAAGAAGCUUCUAGUAAUAGCAUGAUAGGGAUAGCAAAUGCAAGACCAGUAGGCAGAAGCAUAAGAGAUCCAACUGAAACUUUGGAAGAACUUUAUUCUCUCUUACUCAUAGCUGGGCAUGUUUUGGCUGAUGAAGGGCAGGGUGAAACUCCUCUGGUGCCAAAACAGAUAGAAAGUUACUAUACUGAUAUAAUGGAGGUGGAUAAACACCCGGUUGGCAUACUUUGUGGUUCAAUCAUACGCUUCGCCGAGCAAAGUUUAGAUCCAGAAAUGAGAAAUUUGGUUUUUAGUCCUCGACUGAUGGAGGCAGUUGUGUGGUUCCUCGCAAGAUGGUCUUCAACAUACUUAAUGCCACUCGAGAGAAGUGGAGAAAAUGGAAGCGGCUUGGAAAACAGAAAACACUCUGCCAACUCGUUGCUUAGUUUCUUUGGAGAGGAAAAUCAGGGAAAAGUUGUGCUUGAUAUCAUUAUUCGCAUCUCUUUGUCCACACUUCUUUCAUACCCAGGGGAGAAGGACUUGCAGGGACUGACAUGUUACCAGUUGCUUCAUGGACUUGUUAAGCGGAAAGCUGUUAUUUCCCACCUUAUUACCUUGGAUUCAUGGCACGACCUUGCAAAUGCUUUUGCUAAUCAAAGUGUGCUCUUCUCAUUAAGUGCUGAUCAUCAGCGUUCGCUGGCCCAGACACUUACUUUGUCAACGUCUGGCAUGAAAACAUCUGAGGCAUCAAAUCAGUAUAUAAAUAAUCUGACAAGCCACAUGAUAUCCUCUUUGGUGGAACUAUCUGGAAAACCUGAUCUGAAAAUCAUUGGUCAACAGCCUAACAUCAUUUUAUUGGUUAGUUGCCUGUUGGAACGACUUCGUGGAGUUGCCAGAGCAUCCGAACCUCGUACGCAGAAGGCAAUUUAUCAAAUGGGAUUCUCAGUGAUGAACCCCGUUUUGAUGUUUCUUCAGAUAUACAAAGAUGAGUCCAUAGUUAUCUAUAUUCUACUCAAAUUUGUUGCUGAUUGGGUGGAAGGCCAAAUUAUCUACUUAGAGGCUCAAGAAACUGCUGCUGUUGUCGACUUCUGUAUGCGCUUGCUUCAGCUUUACUCAUCUCACAAUAUAGGCAAGAUUUCAGUUAGCCUUUCAAACACAUUACGUGCUGAAGCAGAUACAGAGAAGUAUAAGGAUUUGCGUGCACUCCUGCAGCUUCUAUCAAGUCUAUGUUCAAAAGAUCUUGUUGACUUUGCAUCUGAACCAAUUGAGGCCUUUGGUACAAAUAUUUCUCAGGUAGUAUAUAUGGGACUUCACAUAGUCUCUCCUUUGAUAACUCUGGACCUGCUGAAAUACCCCAAACUGUGCCACGAUUAUUUUUCAUUGCUGUCACACAUGCUGGAGGUUUAUCCAGAAAUAAUUGCACAGUUAAAUGUUGAGGCCUUCAGUCACAUUCUUGCAACUCUUGAGUUCGGUCUUCAUCAUCAGGAUGUUGAAGUUAUUGACUUAUGUCUAAGAGCUGUGAAAGCACUUGCAUCCUACCACUACAAAGAUAGAGGUGCUGGUAAAGUUGGUUUAGGAUCACAUGCUACCAGCUACAAGGGACCUGAUGGAAAAUUUCAUGAAGGCAUUCUUAGUCGAUUUCUACGCUCAUUGCUUCAACUUCUUCUUUUUGAGGACUAUAGCACGGAUCUUGUAGGCUCUGCAGCUGAUGCACUCCUUCCACUUAUUCUUUGCGAACAAAGUGUUUAUCAGAGCUUGGUAAAUGAGUUGAUAAAAGCUCAGGCGAACACAAUCUUCAGAUCACGGUUAGAAAACGCACUCCAGUCUCUCCUAACUUCAAACAACCUUUCUUCAUCACUUGAUCGGAUAAAUUACCAGAGAUUCAGGAAAAAUCUACACAGUUUUCUAAUCGAAGUCCGUGGCUUUCUUCGAAUGGUAUAAGAUGUAGUGGUUUUUGUUUUCCUUUUUUUCAUUCUCUGUGAUUUGGUGAGUACCUGUCUGAGAGAGGACAUAUUACUCACCGUUUUUGGUGAUGGAACUCUAUGUUCUCCGAACAUGUAUUGGCUUGUGCCCUUAGUGUUAGUAUUCUUCAUGGAUUUGUAUUCUUCAUGCGUAAAUGCACGUGAUGCGUAAAACAUAAGAGAUUUAUAUGUACGUUAAUUUUAAAAAUCAAAAUUUACCUAAUAAAAAUGUGAUAAUUAUUAUAUUAAUA